AUGGCCGGUGGUGUCGUCGUUGAGGGCACGACUAAUGUCGAUCGCACGGAGGCCCCCGUCACCUGGAAGGCGUACCUCGUCUGCGCUUUCGCCGCCUUCGGCGGUAUCUUCUUCGGAUAUGACACCGGCUGGAUGAGUGGUGUCUUGGCCAUGCCAUACUUUAUCACCCUCUACACCGGCAUGGAAUACGACUACACUCACGACAACGGAGAUGGCACCUUCGGUGCGCCUAUCGGAGUUGCCGUGAAGGACUUCCACCUGCCUUCCUCCCAGCAGUCCCUUUUCACCUCGAUGCUGUCCUGCGGUACUUUCUUCGGUGCUCUCAUUGGCGGUGAUGUCGCAGACUUCAUCGGUCGUCGCCCUACCAUCAUCGCCGGUUGCUUGAUCUUCUGUGUUGGUUGCAUUAUGCAGAUUGCUUCCACCAACCAAGAAGCGCUUUUCGUGCUUGGCCGACUCGUCGCUGGUGGUGGUGUUGGUUUCAUCUCCGCUGUCGUCAUUCUAUACAUGUCCGAGAUCGCCCCCAAGAAGGUCCGUGGAGCCAUGGUCUCUGGGUACCAAUUCUGCAUCACCAUUGGUAUUCUCUUGGCCAACUGUGUCGUCUACGCCACUCAGGCUCGACCUGACACCGGAUCCUACCGCAUCCCUGUUGGAAUCCAGUUCCUGUGGUCGAUCAUCCUCGGCACCGGCCUAUUCUUCCUGCCCGAAUCCCCACGUUACUUCGUCAAGAAGGGCAAGAUUGCCGAGGCUGCCAAGGCCCUUGCAUUCGUUCGUGGCCAGCCCGAAGACUCUGACUACAUCAAGGACGAGUUGGCCGAGAUUGUCGCCAACAACGAGUACGAGCUUCAAGUCGUUCCCCAGACCAGCUACGUCGGCUCCUGGCUGGCCUGCUUCAAGGGCUCCCUCUCCAAGGGCAACAGCCCCAUUCGCCGUACCCUCCUCGGUACUGGCAUGCAAAUGAUGCAACAAUUAACUGGUAUCAACUUCAUCUUCUACUUCGGGCCUGUCUUCUUCAAGCAGCUGGGUACGAUCAAGAACGUCUUCCUCAUUUCCAUGGUCACCACCCUCGUCAACGUCCUGUCGACACCUGCCUCGUUCUGGCUCAUCGAGAAGUUGGGUCGUCGUGCCUUGCUUUUGGGUGGUGGCUCGGGUAUGAUUGUCGCUCAGUUCAUCGUUGGCGCCCUUGGUGUCACCGCCGGUAAGGCCGAGGCGAACAACCCCGCGGCUGUCCAGGCCAUGAUUGCAUUCAUCUGCAUCAACAUAUCCUUCUUCGCCGUCACCUGGGGUCCCACCGCCUGGGUCAUCGUCGGUGAGGUGUUCCCUCUCCCGAUCCGCUCCCGUGGUGUCGGUAUCUCCACCGCGUCCAACUGGUUCUGGAACACCAUCAUCGGUGUCAUCACCCCCUAUCUCGUCGGUGACGACCAGGCCGCCCUGGGACCCAAGGUUUUCUUCCUCUGGGGUUCUCUGUGCUGCCUCAGCGUCACCUUCGCCUACUUCCUCGUGCCGGAGCUUAAGGGGCUCUCACUCGAGCAGGCAGAUUUCUGCAUGGCGGAAGUUACGCCCCGCAAGUCUGCUGCUUGGAAGCCAUCGCACACUUUCGCUGCCGAGAUGAACCUUGUCCACGACGAGAAGCCCAUCGCCAACGCCACCGAGGCCCCUAUUGGCGAGGACAGAGUCUAA